AUGGCAGCACGGUCUCUUCCAAAUGCUGAUAAGCAGCACAUGCUUCUCCAAGCUGCUGGAAUUGCGUCGAAUGCAGCUGCCAUUGCACUCAUCGUGGGCCAGAGCCCGGCAAAAGUAGUCGGCUGGCUAGAGAUGGGACGCGGCAUCCUAGCUGGUAACGUACAAGACCUGCGUACCGACUUGGCUAUGUUACAAGAAAGGCAUUCUGACUUGGCGGCUUCUUUCGAUAACUCACGAGGGAUUCUAGACGGCACAAUCAAGAACGAGAGUAUUCUACCUCGAAUGUCUCAUGGGUCAAGCAUACGACUUGAAACAGAGAAGCGGCGGCAGGCUCAUCAUCAGCUGGAGACGACCGUCCAAGCAAUUCGAAAACAGCCUGAAUUCGAACGUUUUCUGCUUCCUCCGGCUGAGGACGAGAUUUUGGCAGCCGCAAACAGUCCAAUUGUGAUUAUAAACGUCAGUUGCCAUCGAUGCGAUGCCUUGAUAGUCUUGCCGUCGGGGUUUGAAUGCAUCAAGCUGUCAAGUAACUUAUAUCAUGACAUCCAGGAGCAUCGCAUGAACUUGACGUCACCAUCAAAAGCCAUGCUUGAAUGGCUUUGGGACUACAUAGUCAGUCCAGUCCUGACCAGGUUAGAAAUACUAGCUCCCACACCUUCAGGGCAACAAUGGCCACGAAUUUGGUGGAUCCCGACUGGACCUCUUGUCGGUUUCCCUUUACAUGCCGCUGGGUACCACCAAGAGGAACAGGGACGAACUACCCUUGAUCGGGUGGUAUCGUCAUACGCAAUAUCAAUCCGUUCCAUUAGGGGUGCCAUGCACACCCGUGAGCAGCCACAUCAAGAAACUCCAGCUGGUUCAAGAAUAGCUCUCGUCACCAUGACUGAUACGCCAGAACUCAGCCCGCUCCACUUUGCCAGCCUUGAGACUCGCUCGGUCCAAGCCGUGUGCCAGUCGAUGGGAUUGAAGCUUAUGGUUCCGGUCCCCUGCAAAAGAGAGGUUCUGUCUGUCCUGCAAUCCUCUCAGAUCUUUCACUUUGCUGGCCACGGUGGGACACAUGAUGAUCCACUAAAAAGCCUACUACUUCUAAAAGACUGGAAGACAGAUCCUCUGACAAGUGAUAGUAUCCUUCAGACCAAUCUUAGUUUCAAAGCACCAUUCCUAGCCUAUUUAUCGGCUUGCAGAACUGGCCAGGUUCGAAAUAAAGACUCUGUUGAUGAGAGCAUCCAUCUGACUGCGGCUUAUCAGCUUGCGGGCUUCCGACAUGUGAUUGGCACUCUUUGGAGCGUGGACGACAGCAUAUGUGUAGAAAUGGCCAGGAUGAUAUAUGAAGUCCUACGGGAUGACGGGAUCAACGACAAGGCGGUAAGAGAGGGCCUGCAUCGCGCGUCUCGAAGACUUCGAGACGUGUGGGUCCAGAACGACAAGGUCAAGAUCGAGGCUUUCACAGGCAGGAGGUCAGAAAGAGACGGCAAGUUGGAUGACGAUACUGCAAGAGAAAGGCCGGCCCUUUGGGUUCCCUAUGUUCACUACGGGGCUUGA